AUGGCGAGCGCGCUGAAUGGCUCCGGUGGUGAUGCUGAGGUGAAGAUGUCGUGGUAUAUGCGCUUUGCUGGGCAGGUGGGCAAGUUCUUGGGCUUGACGGUGGGCACGCCGCUGCAGAAGAAGUUGUCGGAGUUGUUUCUGUGGCUGUUUGGUAUUGCGGUCAUCUGCGCGAUUGUGGUGCUGGGUGCUAAUAAGUUCGAUUCGAGAAGGGAAUGUCAUCACCUAUGCUAUUACGACGGCGAUAGGGACUAUUCCUGUGAGCUUGCUCUUGGUGCUGACGGUCAUCAUGGCGGCGGGCACGUAGAAGAUGCUCGAGAGAAACGUUAUGGUUCGAAUGUGUCGAGCUUGGAGGCCUUGAGCGGUAUCACUGAUGUGUGCUCUGACAAGACCGGAACAAUCACACAAGGUCGAUUGACUGUUCGUCAGGCUUGGCUCCCAGGUGUUGGCACUUACCUUGUCGAAGCCGGCAGAGAAGUGUGCAAUCCUUCCCCUGGCUCGAUAAGCUUCUCGCAGACAUCUCCGCAGGACCUCGAUGCGUCGAACGCCGUACAAGAGGUGAAGAACCGGAUCUCCAUCCGUCCAGGACUCGAACAAUACCUCAACGUCGCGUCACUGGUGAAUCUAGCCACGCUUGAGCAAGUCAAGGGCGACAACAAGAAGCCAGGAGAACGGAUCGCUAGCGGUGCGCCUACCGAAGUCGCUAUCGAAGUCUUCGCUGGUCGUUUUGGCUGGAGCAGAUCACGCCUAACGCAAGGUCCUAAAGCUGUCUGGAAUAUCGUUGCCGAAUUCGCUUUCGAUUCGGACAUCAAGAGGAGGUCAGUCAUCGCCACGCACCUACCAUCCGGUGAGCACCGAGCGUUCACCAAGGGUGCUGUGGAACGCGUCUUAGGUAUAUGCAAUACCGUCGCUACACCUGGUGACGAUUCGAAGGAAACACGACUCGAAGAGUCCAGGGGCACAGAGAUCCUCGACAACAUGGAAGCAAUGGCAUCUCAAGGUCUGCGUAUCCUCGCUUUCGCCAGCAAACCCUACACUGGCAUCCUUCCAAACCCUGACAUCGAAGACGAGAAUGGUGAGGACGUACCUCGCGAUACCGUCGAGUCUGACCUGACAUUCUUGAGUCUCAUCGGCAUCUACGACCCACCGCGACCUGAGUCGAAGCCCAGCGUACUCGCGUGCCAGACAGCUGGUGUCACUGUCCGCAUGCUGACAGGAGACCAUGUUGCAACCGCACGCGCUAUCGCUGGCGAGGUUUCGAUAUUACCGCCUGCUGCAGAGCUACGCAUGAUGCCUGCAGACGCAGUCAAAUCGCUCGUUAUGCCAGCCGCUGACUUUGACGCGCUCACCGACGCGGAGUUGGAUGCUUUACCGCAGCUACCACUGGUAGCAGCACGAUGUGCGCCCUCGACGAAUUUCCGCAUGAUCGAUGCCCUCCACAGGCGUGGAAGGUACUGCGCGAUGGCUGGCGAUGGCAUUAACGACGCCCCUUCGCUCAAGCGAUCAGAUAUCGGUAUCGCCAUGGGCUCCGGCUCGGAUGUAGCGAAGGAGAGCAGCGAUAUAGUGCUUACUGACGACAACUUCGCAUCGAUUCUCAACGCCAUCAAGGAAGGCCGCCGUAUCUUCGACAACAUCCAGAAGUUCCUCCUUCACGUCCUCGCAGCCAAUUCGGGUUUUGUCGUCGCCCUGCUAGCUGGUCUCGCCUUCAAGGAUGCCACAGGAAUCUCUGUCUUCCAACUGAGUCCAGUAGAGAUCAUCUGGAUGCUGGUCGGUACCGGCGCCUUCUGCGAGACUGGCCUCGGCUUUGAAAAGGCAGUCCCUGACAUCCUCAACCGGCCACCCCAGAACAUGAAGUACGGCGUCUUCACCCCAGAGUUCUUCGCAGACAUGCUCGUAUACGGCUUCGUGAAGGCAGCCUGCAUCAUAGGCACCUUCGCCGUCGUCGUGUACGGCUUCAACGACGGCAACCUGGGCGUUGGCUGCACUAACGACUACUCCGAAGCGUGUCAGCCCGUCUUCCGAGCGCGUGCGACCUCAUACACUAUCACGAAUUGGGUGUUCCUGCUCUUUGCAUGGCAGCUCAUCGAUACGCGUCGGUCCCUCUUUGGUUUCGAGCAGGGUAUAAAGCAUUGGGCGCAGCACCUGUGGGGUAACAAGUUCCUCUUUUUCUCGGUUACUAUUGUGUUUAUUAUAGCGGUGCCAACGCUGUACAUUCUGAAGCUCAACCACAUUGUCUUCCUUCACGAUGGUAUCAACUGGGAGUGGACGGUGGUGUUUGUUGCUGUGAUAAGCUAUCUGGGCGGUGCAGAGGUGUGGAGGUGGAAGUGGGCGAAGCGGGUGUACUUCCGCCAGAAGCAGGGUCGCUCUAACACCGAGACAAGUCCGUCUGCACAAGGGCCUUCUGCCGCAUAA